GAUGCUAUGUCCGAGAUACGAAAUCUUCAUAUGAUAUGAUACCCGCUAUGUAACACGAUCACAGACUAAACAUGCCCGAGCUCGCCCAAAGAUAAUAUAAAACCAAAAUGGCGCACGACAAAGAUUGGACAGACUAUUUCGGAGAUUUUCCCAAUCGGACCAGACUCGAAGACGAACCAGCGAAAAACUUCAGCUACUACGACAAUUUGGGCGAAGAAUACACAAACUUCACAUCUGACGACUUCUGUUCAUCGAAUCGUUCCCAUGUUUAUCUGAAUGUCACAUGCGAAUUCCCGAUCAAUUAUGCUGAACCUAUGUAUGGAUACAUCGCGCCGUUCUUGCUCGCAACAACAAUAGUCGCCAACACCCUCAUAGUAGUGGUCCUCUCCCGUCGCCACAUGAGGACUCCUACCAACAUUGUCCUGAUGGCUAUGGCGCUAUGUGAUAUGUUCACAAUGCUGUUCCCUGCACCGUGGCUCUUCUACAUGUACACCUUCGGGAACCAUUACAAGCCCCUCAGUCCAGUAAGAGCGUGCCAAGCCUGGAACUACAUGAACGAAGUGAUUCCUGCGAUGUUCCACACAGCUAGCAUUUGGCUUACUCUUGCGCUCGCGGUGCAGAGGUACAUAUACGUGUGCCACGCGCCCGUCGCCAGAACCUGGUGCACAAUGCCCCGUGUCAUAAAAUGUCUGAUCUACAUUGGAGUAGCGGCUUUCCUGCACCAGCUGCCGAGAUUCGUGGACCGGCAAUACGUGCCCCACCUGACUGUCUGGCGGGGACACCUCGAGGAAGUCUGCAGAGUGGAGUUAGCACCAUGGGUCAGCAGUCUCUCCAUGGACGCGUACUUCAUCUCCUACUUCACAUUCCGAGUCCUAUUCGUCCACCUCAUACCGUGCACAUCCCUAGUCGUUCUUAACGUCCUUCUGUUUAAAGCAAUGAGGACAGCCCAACUGAACCGUCAGAAACUAUUCAAGGAAAACAGGAAAUCUGAAUGCAAGAAACUCCGCGAUUCCAACUGCACAACCCUGAUGCUCAUCGUGGUAGUAACUGUCUUCCUGAUGGUAGAAAUACCUGUUGCCGUCGUCACCAUACUCCACAUUAUAUCUAGUAGUAUAGUAGAAAUUUUAGAUUACAAUAUCGCUAAUAUACUUGUUUUAGUGACAAAUUUCUUCAUCAUAGUCUCGUAUCCCAUCAACUUCGCGAUUUACUGCGGCAUGUCUAGGCAAUUUAGGGAAACCUUCAAGGAAUUGUUUAUCAGAGGAGCUGUUACAAGUAGAAAAAAUGGCGGCUCUAGUCGAUAUUCCCUAGUAAACGGUCCUAGAACGUGCACAAACGAAACAGUGCUUUAAUUGUAUAACAUUACUUAUUUUUUUUGUAUAUAAUCUCCUGAUUGUAUUUGACUUUUGGAUAUUUAUUGUUUUGUCUAUUUAUAUUGUGUAGUAGACAUAUCAAAAUUUAUAUUCGAAAUAUGAAAUGCAAAAAAAUAUGAUCGUAUUACUUGGCUCAGAAUAGCUUCUGUCGAAUAUUAAAAAAAUGUACAUUGUUAAAUUAAUAUUAAAACUUGUACUUAGAUGUAGUUUUUGCUGUUGUGUUAAUUAGUAAUAGAAUUACACAGAGUGUUCUAAAAAUGUUGUAUAUUAUAUGAAUACAAUUAAUAUUUUAAAAUUGAAUUAUAACAUUUUCGGAACAAUCUGUAUAUUCGGUACUUUUUCAUAGCUGUGGGAUAACCUGAUCGAAUUGUUGUAUAAAUAAAUAUAAAAAUUUAGUUUUAAUAAAUGUGUAAUUUAUUUAAUGAUUAGCUGAUCUUGCAGCCAAAUGGUGAGCCCCCAUUUGGAAAAAGUAUCAUUAAAUAAAUGUAUUUUAAUGUAAAUAAAACUAUUUAAUGUAAAAUUUAAUUAAAUAAGAUAUUGUCUAAAUGUUACACACUCUUUGUGUCUUAGAUAUGAAUGUAAUUUACAAUUUUUUUCAUGUAAAUAUACAUUAAUUGUAAUAAGUAUUUGUAGAAUUAUUUUGUAAUAGUAAUAAAUGAAAUGUAAUUAAAUUUAUAUUACAAACGAUAAAAGUACGAAUGUAUAAUUUUGUUGUUGUAUUAAAAUGAAUAAUUAUUAUUUACGAGGCUUUCAUUGGUUGAUUAUGUAGGAACAAAAAUUUAUAGAUGUAGCAUAUACAUAUAACAAUUUUGUUUAUUAUGUCAGUUGACUACGGACCAUGGCGAAUCAAACUAACAUAAUUAGGGUGCAUUAUUAAUAAAAAAAACUUGU